ACACAGCCUCACUUCCAGUCUCUACUGGAGACUCACGAUUCAGUGGCGUCCCAGGCAUGUGACAGCCCUCCACCCAGCCCAUGUGAUUUUGCGGAUCAUGAGCAGGAAGACGGCCACACGCACAACCUGCCCCCGCCGCCUGACGCAAUCCGCAUGGUGGGCAUACGCAAAGUGGCGGGGGAGCACCUGGGUGUAACGUUCAAGGUGGAGGGUGGUGAGCUGAUUAUAGCACGCAUCCUACAUGGAGGGAUGAUAGACCAGCAAGGACUGCUGCAUGUGGGAGACAUCAUCAAAGAGGUGAAUGGACGAGAGGUGGGCCAGGAUGCCAGGGUGCUGCAGGAGGAGCUGCAAGCAGCCAGCGGAAGUGUAGUUCUGAAAAUCCUGCCCAGCUAUCAUGAAGCCAUACAGCCAGGACAGCUGUUCUUUAAGUGUCACUAUGACUACGACCCGGCCAAUGACAACCUGAUUCCUUGUAAGGAGGCGGGCUUAAGGUUUGAGACAGGAGACAUCCUGCAGAUAGUCAACCAGGAUGAUGUCAACUGGUGGCAGGCCCGUCAUGUGGAGGGUGGCAGCGCGGGGCUGAUCCCCAGUCAGAUGCUGGAGGAGAAGAGGAAAGCGUUUGUCAAGAGAGAUGUGGAACUGGCACCAGCAGGAAAUCUUUGUACUGGUGUUGGAGGGAAGAAGAAGAAGAAAAUGAUGUAUGUGACAACCAAAAAUGCAGAGUUUGACAGACAUGAGAUAUUGCUCUACGAGGAGGUGGCCAAGGUCCCGCCUUUCAAGAGGAAAACUCUGAUUUUGAUUGGUGCCCAGGGUGUGGGGCGGCGGAGACUGAAGAACAAGCUUCUACUGAGGGAUCCACUACUCUUUGGCACCACCAUUCCAUAUACUUCCAGAAAGCCCAAAAAGGAAGAUCGCGAGGGUCGGAUGUACGCCUUCACCAGCCGCAGCAAGAUGGAGACCGACAUCAAGAACGGGCGCUUUCUUGAACAUGGAGAGUAUGACGGCAACCUGUAUGGAAUCAAGAUAGACUCCAUACACGAGGUGGUUGAGGCCGGACGUGUCUGCAUACUGGACGCCAACCCUCAGUCUCUCAAAGUGCUGAGGACCUCGGAGUUCUUGCCCUAUGUGGUGUUCCUUCAGUCUCCAGACUUUGAGGUGCUCAAGGCGAUAAACCACUCAGCUGUCGAGGCAGGGGUGGUUACCAAGACACUGACGGAUGAAGAGCUGCAGAGGACGUGCGAUGAGAGCACUAAAAUGCAGGCGGCCUUCGGCCACUACUUUGACCUCAGCAUCAUCAACGACAACUUGGACGAGACCUACCGUACCGUCAAGGCUGCCCUGGAAACGGUUUCUAAAAACCCCCAGUGGGUCCCGGUCACCUGGGUUUUCUAGUGGAGAGCAGAGGAGGGAGGGAGCUUAAUGGCACUGAAAAUAUGCCACUGUGUAAAUAAUGGAAGUUCUUAUUUAGAUUUCCUAAACUUUCAGAAGAGAUUAAAUUUGACCAUUGCGAUAGCCUAGCAUCAGAAAAUUAUUUUCUUGCUAAAGUAGCUGCUUUGCAGAUAAAUCACAAGAUAUUUUCUUCAAAGUGUGUGAAUAAGACAUCCAUUAUUUAAACAGUGUUAUAUUUUUCUGUGCCGGGAGGACAGGAAUGGGAAUAAAAAGAAACAAGAAUGACAAGGAAGGAGGCGAAAAAGACGAAUGUAGUUGUGAAUGUCAGAAUUUCACAGAUUUGACCUGUGCGUGCGUGUCGAUUUUAGAGCAAAGACCUGUAUGUUUUUAAGUUAUUUGUAUUGUGUUAAUCAUGACGAUCAACAGACUUUGGAUACUGAUGGUUACACUUAAUUCCCAAGCUAUGAGGGCUAAUGGCAAAAUCUGAUCUAUUUAUCAAUUUCUCUUUUCAUUUACUAAACAUUAGACCUAAAAUGUUUUUAUAAACAAAUGCCCAUCAUGACUUUCAAGGGACCACAUCACUUAUCUUGUUAAAUUUGUUUGUCUAUCGUAUGUGACCAUGGCAACUGUGGUGGGGGAUGAGUGUUUCUGGUGUCAUUGAGCUGGGAAGAGGAGGGGCCAACUUUGAUUUUCUUUGUUUACAAAGAGUAACCGAGUAUUCAUGCACUUAAUUCGAUGAAAAUCUUUGAGAUUGCCACUUCAACUAGUUUCUUUUAGACCAAUGCAGCACUAGCUUCAGGACAGAAGUAAUGAUAAAACCAACACAUGCAAUGCUUCAGUUGCUGUGUAGAUUUCCUCAUGUCAAAUGAGUUUUUAUUAGAGAAUGUUACACUUGACAAAGUACGUGUGAUGGAGAGCGGGUCGUCUCAAACCUCAGUCCAUCUCGUCUCUGCAGUUCACCAAUUAGCCCUGCGAGCACAGUAACUAUGUCGCCAAGCUUCGAGAAAUAUUUAGCGAAGAAGCGCAAAUUGUUUUUGCUGUACCCUUUCUGGAGAGCCAGGUCUUAAGCCAGAUGAUCAGACAGAGUGCGUUUUGCAGGUGGAAAAUGCAACCUGCACCGCACUGCCUUGUUGCCCGUUCAACCAGAGUUUUUAUUUUAUUUUGCAGUUUGCUGUGUCUUUUCAAAUAAUGAACUGUACGCUACAGGUAAUAGUACAGUUUAAAUGAAUGAAAACAACUUUCCUGAAAUCUCAAAUACGGCACAAAUGUGCCUCCAGGCCUGCUGUUUACUGUUGAGAUCAUGGUAGCUACGGUUGGUAAAGUCAUAUGCGCCGGGUGUCUAGCAAAAGCCACCACAAUGACAGUUAAAAAAAUAGAAAAAAUUCAUUCUUUUCUACUUUAGGCCUUUAGGGUGCACCUGCUAAAAAGUGCGGCACAAAGUGCUUAAAAACUAGCAUUUCAUUGGUGCUGUCAGCGUAUCCCAUUUGGUUAUCAUGAAGCAUUUAAACAGCAUGUUGAAACUAAAAACUAAAAUCAGAUGUGGAACAGUUGAUGCUGAUGUUAUUUAGCAAUUUAUGAAUUUAGAAAAAUGUAGAAUAACACAAUCUGUCAGAUAUAAGAUCAGUUCCCAGCCAGACACUGAUCAUGAACACCGCCAGUGUUACCCAAGACCUAAAGAUCCCAGAAUGGUUGAUGGAGGAGUCGUUAACUAGUUUGAACUCCAUUGACUUAAAAACACACAGAAAACAUUGCACAAAGCUCUAUUUUACUACAUUGUAGUUCAUAAGAAUGGGUGACUGUGUUCCAACACUCUUACUGUCAUUUUUAUUUUCUAGUAUUUAUAAUUCAAAAUAAAACCUAUUGGUUGUAUUUAUUAACUCGGUUAACAGUUUGUAGAUAGCAUGUAGAGACUGAUUUUUUUUGUAGGUAUGAGGUUACCAGCUAGAACUUUCAGUAUCUGACACUUAUGUUUUGAUGUUCAGAAUGUCAUUAGUAAAGACAUACAGUUGCCUACGAGUGAACAACACAACAGAAAGUGGCAGAUACCCGACAAGACUAAAGCACUUCAAGAUAAGUGUGAAAGAAUGCAGACAAUUUAAAUUACAACAAAUUAGUUUCUUCUCUUUUUUUUUUUUUAGCCUUUCAAAUGUGUUGUACACUCCUGGGCCACUGUACAUGUAACACUGUCCAUUGUGCCAAAGCUCCUUGAGCUGCUUGUUUGUACUCUGAUCUGUUAUUCUGGCAGCUACUGAACUUUUGAUGCACAAUUAAUUGUUUGGGGAUAGAUGAGUAAAAUAGGUGUGGGUCAUAACUGGCAAAUAAGCGAUCCUCAGACCAGUUGUUCACAGCCGUAUUAGAGGAGACAUUUUUAGUGAGUCAUUCUUUGUAAAAUCACACAGUGGGCUCUAUUUUUUUAAAAGUGGCUUGAAAAUGGCAGAUAUUUGUCUGGCAGCUUUGAGAUCGAUCGAUCGAACUCACUCACUCUCACACGCAUAUAUAUAUAUAUAUAUAUCUAUAUAUCUAUAUAUAUAUAUAUCUCUAUCAAAUCCUCACUGUGUCCUUUCUCUAGGAAAUCUCACAAAUGCAAUAAAUCCAUUUCUGUGACUGUCUUUAAUGAUAUACAUUUAGAUACAACAGUAACAGUUGGUUUUACCAAUUUGUAUUCGGUUUGUACAAACAUGGCUCACUGACAAUUAUCUGUUUGAAUAAAUGAAGUGACUUAAAGUAUAGGUUUACAUAUGUACACUGUAUAUGUACUACAUUUGCACUGUUGAAGGGUGUCAUUUGAAAAUGUUACAUAACAUCAUUCAAUUUGAGAUUUAAAGGGAUACUCCAGUGAUUUAGUUUUGCACUUCCAUAAAGUUGAGGAAGUCACAAGCGACAGAUUUUAAAAAAGGAAUGAAAUAGUUUUUUAGAAAGGUACAAAUACAUUAUACUAGUGUUUGCACAAGUCGAGUAGUACUCCCCAUGAUCUUGAUGUGUAAAAGCUCUGGAGUGCUUCUUUAAAUUCAACGGUCUGCAUUUCACAUAAAAUCUCUAUAGUUUCUAAAAUGCAUGGCUCUAAAAUGGAAAGUGAAUUCAUUUUGUAGUUUUGUUGUAGGACUGAUGAUUGUUCAUGCUUCUGUCUAUACUGAAUAAAUAAUUGAUUCAGA